AUGUGCAACCUGAUUCAAAAAGAAGGACUCUGUAUGCUCGAAGCCCCUGCAUGUGCGGCUACCAGGCCGACGAGGAGGACUGCAGACGCCGUCGCCGGUGCCAGAUUUCCAAUGGCAUGUGAGCAACUUGAGAACGGCCCUAAUGAAUGGAUUCAAUUGUUUCGCCGGAAAUGGAAUGUUAUAUUUACCAGCCAGAGUUGUCCUCUUUCAUUGCGAUCCGAGCAACAUCUUCCACCAACAGUACACGCGUCAGUACUUUUUGACAACCCGGGCAACGAAGCUUCCGGGGUCACUACGUACGCACAGGAAGUCCUCUCCGUACUGUGCUACGGAGGAGCGAUCCAAGGGGUUUAUGGUAGUUCAGAACAAUCAGGAGGCUCACUAUGUGAAGAGGCCGCGGUGAACGCCACUGAGCGGUCGUUGGAGUUUCACCGCCACACCGCUACUCCAACGUCAAGGAAAAGUCUGCCUAUUUGCCUGCAGCACUGGCCACCUCCAAACGCCCGUAGCUACUCUUACUUGGGACUUCCUCAAAUCUCUUCUUCUACUUCAUACGACACCCACCUACUUCUUUCCAAGGUUGAAAAUACCCUAUCUAGUGACAACCCAUUUCCAUGGGCUCGCCUCGCUAACAUGGCACUCUCACCUCUUCUAUACGACACGUAUCGGCGCUACAAAGCGGGAACGAAGAAAAUUGUGCAGUGGCUUGCAUCAACCGCGAGGGAAACAGGCACCGUUGAUGAUAUCUUCCUAAGAGUGGGCAAGGGGCCGACAGGGAAGAGUAGAUCCAAAGAAGAUCCACAGGUGCCGGUUCACACUCUCUCACCGAAAGCUCUCCUCCGGCUUGCGGAUGCCGUAGUCACGAAAGGAAUAACGAUCCCCCACCCCAUCCUGGCCAUCUUGCAAGAUGUUAUCGACUCGAGGAAGGAGUUCUUGGAGAGACUUAAAUCUGGAAGAAGGGAGAAGGACGCUAAAGGCAACGCCCCAGUUCCGGAAGACAAGGACACUGAACAAAGUCGGCUCAGUAAUCUGUUCGAGUACCUGAAUGUUGAGGAACUCCUCGAUUCCGAUGCAGAUUCCCCGCAAUCGUCGCAGCCGGUGUCGUCGCAGCCGGUGUCGUCGAAGCCGUUGAAGGUGCCGCCCAGACCUUCCGUUACAUAUGAGAUGGAGAAAUCGGAGGAUGAUACUGUGUUUGCCAUUUUCUGUUACUUCAAAGAUGUAACGGAUGUCCGACUCUUCAUUCGCAGGACUUGGAUACUUUUCAAACAGGGCCAGCUCACCUUGGAAACGGCUGCGCUGACCAUGAGUUCGGGUAUUGGGCUCAUCAAGCGCCUAUAUGACGACUUCGUGAAGAGAUAUCCGCGGUUCGAAACGCACGUUGAGAUAUGGGCCUACCUGACUGACGGAUAUUUUAAUCCCGACAAGACCAAUGCUUCGCCGGCAUUUAUUGCCUAUGCGGCCGAUGGACAAGAACUAAGCUAUAUGACUGUUAGCUGCGAGCCCGUCAUAACUCUUAUCCAUAUGUUCGUGCUCCAGAAACAGGAUAUAACCGAUUAUGAUCUCACACCGGACGAAAUUCUUCUAGUAAAUUGCCUGCUUCAGAUGAAGGACCUCGCUCUAUCCGGGGACGAUACAUAUCGUGCGAGGGAUCCAGUCCAGAAGGCUAUGCGGUCAAUUUUAAUGGAAAAUAAAACGCCGUCCUGGGCUGUCUUCGCAAUCCAAGUCUUUUGGGACACCCAGCGAGAGUUGGCCAAGAAUUUUAAAGACGUCCUCAUCAAUGCACGAAAUACGGCAUCCUGGGUGAGAGAAUCAAUGGAAGAGCUCAUCGCUUGGGAAGAGGAUGGGGGACAUGGAACAAGGAACGCAACGCGUCGCUCCGAACUCCUGCGCUUCGCCAGCUUGGUCAAGAGCAAGCAAGAGAUUUUCGACUCACGUAUCGGCCAGUUAUCUAAAAAUGGUGCAGUACCAGAGGAUAUGUUUGCUCACCAUCCAAUGCUCAGUGGAAUUACGACUCAAGAAUUGAUCGCUCUGCAUCAGGUUGUUGCCUUUGAACAAAUACCUAUUCAUGGGGUUAUUAUGGGCUCAGCCCACUUGUACAACGCUGUAGCACAAGCCGGUCUUCUCCCUCGAGGUGUCGUGUGGAAAGAUAUGGAUUGGGUCAUACAAAACCAAGGCGAAGCCCACAUGUAUGUGGGAAGACGUCCGCGACUGGAAAAAGAGAAGGACUUUACGAUCCACUACGGGCUGGUAAUGGGGUUUAGCCUUACCCAACUUUUGAAGUCGAAAGACACGAGGGACCCUACUUGGUUGUUGCCGAGAGACGACGGAUAUAUGAAGCCGAGGUUACCAAAUCGCAAACUCAAGUAUCCGUCUAUUUUCCUGAAGGUGUCUACCACUGCGCGGGACGACGGAAAAGGGUCCACAUACUCGAGUGCGACUCUAGUCGAUACAGUAUUACUAGAUCGUAUUGUGCAGGAACAUAUCGAAGACACCGUCAAAAAUAACCACACAAAAAAGACCAAGAUCUGCCGUACGUCUACGUUGAGUCCAGUUGCGAUGCUGACAUUAUUACGGGAUACCCUUCAAAAAGACGAAUUUCCGCUCCGCUUCAACACUCCGGAAUUGUACAUGGGCUGUGUGAAGAUGCUUCGACGCAUCCGGCAACUUGUCGUCACGAAGGCGCCUCACGAUUAUCGCGAGGACACUUGUGUCAGGGGGGAGGGAAUCGAAAUGUGCGUGUUUGGUCUCGCGACAGAACUGGACGGACGUCCAUUGAUCGACGAACCCCAGUUGCCUGAAGCUGCAAGAAUUCUUCGUGAGUUUAUCGAGGAAGAAGGGGAAGAAGUGUGCCAGAAAACCAUUGCUCGCACGCCGCAGAGAACGGGAAAUACGAAGGCCAGUACAGAGAAAGAAGCCAGUUUUGAAAGCCCGGCGACGGACUACAUUUCCCCGCCUGUGAGAAAGCUGUUUUUCGAUUCGUUUGGAUUAAACGACAUUCAUGAACUCCAGCUCUUCCUCCGCGACAAGAGCUGGGUGUAG